CUCCUACCCCUCGCAGAUAAGCCCGAUCCCCGGUUGUAGAAACACACCGAGGAGGAGGGCCUAGCUUGCCAUUCCACCUAGACCUCACAACGCCGAUCGAGCUCGCCAAGCAUCGUCGCGCGCGCGCGCACCUCGCCUCUGCCACCGCUGCUCUCGCGACAAAGCGGGCCAUCAGAGAGGUAGCUCCAAUGGCGACCAUAGCCACGAUGGCCAUGCUCAAGCCCGCCAAGAUCGUGGCGCGGUCGGCGCCGCCGCCGUCCACCAGCGGCAGCGGCGUGUCGCUGCGCAGCCUUCCGGCGGCGGCCAAGAAGAAGGGAGGCCUGGCCGCGUCGGCGUCGUCCCCGGCCGCGGCGGCGGUGGCGGGCGCCUUCUUCCAGGCGCUGGCGUCGUCGGACGCGGCGCUGGCGGCGCAGCGGGUGGCGGACGUGGCGGCGGCGGCGGACGCGGGCAGCGACAACCGCGGCCAGCUGCUGCUCUUCGUGGUGGCGCCCGCCAUCGGGUGGGUGCUCUACAACAUCCUGCAGCCGGCGCUGAACCAGCUGAACCGCAUGCGCAGCCAGGCGCUCGUCGCCGGCGCUGGCCUCGGCGCGGCCGCCGCCGCGGGGAUGGCGUGCGCGCCCGAGGCGUCCGCGGCGCAGGAGCUCGCCGCGCUGGCCGCCGCCGCCGCGGCCCCCGCCGACGACAACCGGGGCCUCCUCCUGCUCAUCGUCGUCACGCCCGCCAUCGGCUGGGUGCUCUUCAACAUCCUCCAGCCGGCGCUCAACCAGCUCAACCGCAUGCGGUCCGACUGAGCGCGCCGCCGCCGCGCCAUGCGCCAUGCGUUCGUGUAUUAAUUAGUAGUAACGUGAAGCGUGGUCUGCGUGCCUUGUCUUUCGAUCUCCAUUCUUGAACAAAUCAGUACAGAUCUUUCUCUCCCCA